AUGAAAUGGUCGAUUAUUAUCAACACUUGUCUAUUGGCCACAGUAUUACUGAUUUACAGAUAUGUGUGCUCUCAGUGCACGUAUUGGGACACACAGGGAGUGAAGACAGUAUACGUGGGCUUAUUUACGAGAGUUACUAAACAAUGGCACGAAUGGCAACACGAGUUGUAUAAACGAAAUGGGAAAAUAUUUGGGAUCUACGAAAUCGCAAAACCCGUACUUUAUUUGUCGGAUUUGGAACUGAUUCGCGAUGUUUUGGUCAAAGACUUUCAUAUAUUCAAUAAUCGACGGGACUUUAGUACCGGCGCUGAGCCUCUGUUGGACAAUAUGGUUAGUGUCGUUAGAGAUGAACAGUGGAAGAAAAUCCGGUCAAUAAUGUCGCCGACAUUCUCGACGGGAAAACUCAAGAAAAUGAUGCCUUUGAUAGUCGAGUGUCGGAACAGUUUGAUCGACAAUUUGGACAAAAUCGCCAAAACUGAUGGACAGACGGAUAUGAAGAGAUUAUUGGGCGCAUACGCUAUGGAAGUUGUAAUACAAGUGGCUUUCGGUACAAAAGUGGACGCAAUGUUUGAUGAAAACAAUCCUAUUAUCGAAAAUGCGAGAAAAAUAUUUGGCAAAAAUUUUAAUCCUCAAUUAAUUCUCGUUUUAUUUGCGCCAAAAUUGGCCAAAAUAUUGAAAAUCACUCCCUUUGACAGCAAAGUUAUGCAUUUUUUCAAAGAUUUAACGCUUAAUAUAAUUGAAGAGAGAAAGAAGAACAAAGAUAGCGUUAAGAGAGUAGACUUUUUGCAAUUAAUGUUGGAUUCAAUGGAAAACAAAAUUACUCUCGAAAGUGAAGACAAUAAAGACAACGAUCACGAAAAGUACAAAGAAAUACAGGCAACCGAUGACAUCGAUAAAACGCUAACACACGACGAAUUGGUGGCCCAAUGCGUGCUUUUCUUUUUGGCCGGUUAUGAGACGUCCGCCACAACAAUGGCUUUAUGUUUAUACCAAAUCGCAAGACAUCCAGAAGUUCAGCAAAAACUAUAUCUCGAAUCGAGAAAAUAUUUCGAUGAAUACAAAGGCGUCGAUUACGAAGAGUUAAAUUCAUUGAAAUAUUUAAAUGCCGUUAUAAUGGAAACUCAACGUCUAUUGCCGGCCGCUGUCUUCUUGGAAAGGGUUCCCAACCAGGACUACGAGCUGAGGGGCACCGGAAUCACCAUCAAAAAGGAUCAUAUCGUUCACAUCCCGUUGUAUUCCAUUCAAAGAGAUCCGGAAUACUUCGCGGAUCCGGAAGAGUUUAAACCGGAGAGGUUUUUGGCUGAAAACAUAUCACACCAUCCGUACGCAUACCUACCGUUCGGCGCCGGACCUCGAAAUUGCAUUGGCAUGCGUUUGGCACAAAUGGAGAUUAGACUCGGACUCAUUUCACUAGUCAAUCGAUACCGUUUCUAUCCCACACCGAAACGAUUGGAAUUUUUUGGUGCUGGAGGAGGAAUGAUUCCCAAAGCUGUGGACAUCAAAAUGGAGAGACGGCUAAUUGGUGUUACACUUCUCAUAUACAUUACCGACAAUUUAAUGAAAGACAGUAACCAUUUAGAUUAA